AUGAGGCUCUCCCUGAUAUUCACUGCCCUUCUGCGCACACUUUGGUGUGCCAGGCCCGGGCAUUCCAUUCACAACCCGAUCAUCCCCGGCUGGAACCCUGACCCGGCAGUCCUCCGGGUCGGCAGCGAGUAUUUCAUUGCGACCUCGUCAAUGGAGUACUGGCCGGGAAUCCCAAUCUAUCGCUCAACCGAUCUCCAGCACUGGGCGCUGUACUCACAUGCUCUCACCCGACCGGAGCAACUGCAGUUGAACGGGGUCCCGACUAGCGCAGGCACGAAUGUCCCUUGUUCCCUGCUGAGUUUCGUCGCUGACAUCCAGACAGGCGCCUGGGCACCGUCCCUGAGCUUCAUCAAUGGGACAUUCUAUCUCACCACAUCUGUCCGGUGGACUUACGACCCCGUGGCUAAAGUAUGGCCUCGAGUCUUCUGGGUAUCAUCGGCAGACCUAAAGCACUGGUCCGACCCUGUCUGGUCGGAUCCCUGGGGGAUUGACCCAUCGUUGUUCCAGGACCCGAACACAGACCAAGUUUAUCUCAACCUAAUGGCGCCAAACAAUAAUAUUGACAAACUAUGGGGCAUAUACCAGUGCGAGGUCAAUCUGGCCACUGGCCGCUGUGUGGGCGACUACUAUUCUCUUUGGAAUGGCACCAUGCCGCAUACUGCGGAUGCGCGCCCGGAAGGCCCUAAGAUGCUAAAGCACGGAAACUGGUAUUACUUGAUGAUAGCAGAGGGGGGCACCGAUGAACUCCAUCGAUCCACCAUUGCCCGUUCCGCAUCACCCACAGGGCCCUGGGAGCCAGCUCCCAACAACCCCCUGUUAUACAACGGCAAAUUCGGCUUCAACAAUCUCACCGUUCAAUCGACCGGCCACGCAACCAUGUUCGACACCGACCGUGGCUCCUGGUACGCUGUAUUCCUCGCCCGCCGCAACAUCAACGGCUCAUCGCCCCUUGGCCGCGAGACUUUUCUAUGCCCAGUCGACUGGAGGAAUGGCUGGUCGGUGUUCAAUAACGGGGAUCCCAUCCUGUUGAAUCCUGACACAAAACCGGCCUCAACCCCAGCGCCGUUCGUGGAUACCUUCAGCAACCGCUCAUUGCACCCAUCCUGGUAUCAGCUGCGUACCCCCUACCAGGAAACCUACACCCUAGGCCGGAAUAAGGUCUCCGACUCACCAGGCCUGGUGCUUCAUCCUAAUGUCUUCUCCCUUAGUGACCGUGAUGUACCGGCUGCUGUCCUCCGCAAGCAGACUUCCCUCAAUAGUACAUUUUCCGCUACUCUCUUGCCAUUUACGGACACUGGUUCCCUUGGCGUUACGCAGUCAGUUGGAAUCAGUGCCUACCUCAGCGAGCUCCAGCACCAGGAUAUCGGGGUCACCGGUUGUACGGACCAUGCAGAGAUGAUGUGUAUAUACACUUCGCUUCUCAAUAACGGGACAACGGAGUACAUGCAGUACCCACUCAAAGAAGUAGAGUCGCGACAAACCCUCACCCUGCAUAUACGGGCGCAACCCCUCCAGUACCAUCUGGGAUACAGCACUGGCAUUUCGGCGGUCAAGUGGCUGGCCUCAUUCCCGUCAUCCUGGAUGGCGGUCGCGCCGCCAGAUUGGUUCGUCUUUACCGGCGCCAUGUUUGGGUUAUUUGCGAGUGGGAACGGGGUGCCCUGGCCUCAUAGUGCGCCGGAGGUGGGAUUCCAGGGAGUGAGAGAGGUUUACCAUCCGGAGGAUAUUCCUGAUUAUGAUCGCUGGUGA